GUUGUGCGCUGAGUCCAGCGGAGAAAGUCAAUCAAGCCAAAAUCCAAAAUGAAAUUCUUCAUUGUGAUGCUUGCAGUCGUUACACUGGCAUACGCUGAAGAUGAAUGGAUGCCGAAAAAUGAUGCAGAAGUUAGCGUUAUCCGCCAAGAAUGCAUUAAGGAUUUCCCACUUAGCGAGGAACAACUCCAAAAAUUUAGGAUCUUCGAAUAUCCCGAGGAAGAGGCCCUACGCAAGUACUUGCUUUGUGUCACAAAGGCAGUGGGUAUCUUCACCGAACAUGAGGGUUAUCAUGCCGAUCGAGUUGCCAAGCAAUUCAACAUAAAUUUAGAUGAAGCUGAAGUCACUAUCAUCGCUGAGGGUUGCGCAGACAAGAACGUCGAGGGUAGCAGCGCUGAUGUAUGGGCCUAUCGUAUUCACAAGUGUGUGAUGGCCAGCAAGCUCGGUGAACGUGUGAAAGCUUACAUUCAAAAUCUCAAGAAGGAAGCCAAAAAACAUUAAAUUACUAGAAUUGCCUUUCGUUGAACAAUAAAGCAUAUUUUAUUAAGUAGUAUAA